GGUGCCGAGCAUAUGAUCAUUUAUGGCAAAAAGAGAUGAAGAAACCGGUUUGGUGCAGAAUACCUCAUCACCAUAAAGUGAAGCUGAAAAAACAAAACCCAAUAAUAUUGUGGGUUAUCCAAAUCAGAAAUUAUGUGUUGAUGUUGUUGAUGCAAAACAUGUACAGAAUAAAGCUCUCCCCUUUUGUUUGGUGAAAAUUUGGCCCAGAGACGCAGAUCCCAAGUCCAAACUUGAAGAUGCAGUCAAACUGUUUGAGGAAAUGGAUCAGAGACUUCUUCAGAUAUCGGAAAAGAUCAGAGACAAAGUAUUUCGUCGUGAAGAUGUGCUUUAUAGGUUGAGAAUUCUGAAAAAAUCCGACCUUUACGAACUCAGUCGAAGUAUUCAAGGGAAAAAGGACUCACUGACUCGCUUGAAUACGGCACUCGAUUAUUUUUCUUUUCCACUGUCUCGUGCAUCAGAAGAAAAGCUUGAGAAACAUAAGUUGAAUUUCCGGAUGCAGCAUAAGACCAACAAUAAUUUGGCCCAAGAAAGGAAAUUGUUCAGAGAGAUGAACUUGAGCCGGGAAAGGAAUAAUGCUUCAGCCUUAUCCAUAGCAGAGCUUAGAUUCAAUGUAUCUGCAUAUUGUCAUCAUCACGACAACCGGAUGAAGCGAGACAUGCUACUUGAAAAAAUCAAACAAUUUGAAGUGACAAGGAAAGUCCCAAAAGGCUUAAGGGAAGCAGUGAAAAACCAGAUCAAGGCGGUAUGUGAUGAGUUAAUGGAGAUGAGGAAGAAAAAGAAGGGAGUUGAGGCCAAAAUCAAAGUGGCUGAUAAAGAUUUAGAAGCCAUAAAUGAAGAAAUUUGGUCAUUUCAAGAACACUUGAAAGGCGAUUACCAGAGAAAGGAGGCUUCUCUCUUCUUUCUUAGGACGACGGAUACUGAUAACGGUUGGGUUCUCAAAUGUGGCAAAUUAAACAACAAUUCUAUUCACUUCAAUACAACCUCUGCAGAAAAUGCUCAGGACCAGAUACAACCCAACACCACUGGUUACCAGUGCUACGCUAACCAGACCGGCUCCGGCUACCCUUAUUGGACCUACGCCUUUUACCGAGCUUCAGCUCCUAAUUUCCUCGACCUCGCCUUCAUUGUGACCUCUUCUCCGUUAGUCGUCCCAUGA